AUGUUCAUCAAGAAAGACUUGAGAAAGAUUCCCAAAAUCCUGGACGAUGCAGUCGUUUGUACUGCCGAAAUGGACACUGACACAGACAAGGAGGACGGAGAAGAAAGGGCCAAACGAAUCAAGUUACAGAAACCACUCCAAGAAUUGAAACUUCAUCGGCGCAAACAAGAAUUCAAGGGCACUUUGAACAUUCUUUGUCAACCAGCGUACCUUCCCAAGCUACAACAGCUGAAAUCAUUAAAUUUGUAUGGUUGCGACAUUAAGGAUUGUGCCAAAAUUGGUAUGCUGGAAGCCUGUCCCAAUUUGGAAAUUUUGAAUUUGGGACGCAAUCCCAUUUCCGAACUGCCGGCGGAGCUCUCACAAGUUAAAUCGCUGAAGGAAAUAUGGCUGGACGAUUGUCAAUUGGCAGGAGAUUUUCCAGAACCUUUGUAUGAUUUGCCGAAUUUGCAAGUGUUGAAACUCCCCAACAACCAAAUUUCCAGAGUGGAUGGUAGUCGGAUGACUCGGCUCACCGAGUUGAGAGUCUUGUGUUUGGAUCGCAACCUAUUGCAAGAGUUGCCCUUGGAAAUACAAUAUUUAUCGAAUCUGAAGGAAUUGUUUGUUCGACACAAUCUUUUGAAAGGAACCUUGUCACCCCUCGCGCCCUCCCUCGAGGUGCUGCACAUUUCGUCCAACGAGCUUUCGGAUUUGGGAACCUUGGACGUGGAUUGUCCCGAUCUAAAGACUCUGUACGCCAAUGGCAAUCAACUUGUCAGUUUGCCCAUGGAUCUAUUUGCCAAUUGUCAAUCUUUGAAAAAGAUGGGGGUGAGUCACAAUCAGCUAGCGUCCGUUCCGGAUUCUUUUUGGACUAUCAGUUCAUGCGAGAUUGUUUGGAAGCCCAACACACAGUUGACACCACCACCAUCCGAGGAUGUGGAAAUGGAACCAGCGACCGAAUAA